UACGGAAAAGAACGGAGAAAUGGCUCCGCACUGACCAAGAUGGAGAUAGACUUGUGUUUUGGCAUAUUGUCGUUAGGGCAUCGAGGAAGAAUGCCACGGGUUGAUUGCACGACGCAAACCACCACUGAAUGUACAAGGCAUGCAUGUUUUCUUUCUCGUGGAACUGGGCCUAAACUACCUUUCUCAAGCUUCGCAGAAAAUUUAGGGUGCUAUACACAACUCAGGAUUGAAACCAGACUAUUGGAGGAAUGGCCACUGGUGGCGUUGAGGCUGGUCCGUCUGUCCUGCCGAGCAGCGUAACCAUGACGUCCACACAAGUCAUACAGACGGUGGCCCUACCAUUACACGUGCAAAUGCUUCAGAAGGCACUGAGAAUGGAUUACGUAUUUGAUGAAUUCGACCGACUCUUCAAGGAUCGUAUAACUACCAAGGGUAGGCCUAUCACUGACACAGCCCCACCCUUCCUAUCUGACGAGAACCAGGACACUUACAACUUCAGCAGUGUCACCGACGAGAGAGAAUGGGUAAAGGACCUCCUGCUGAGUAAGAGCGAUGGCUCAGGGUCAGAGUUGAGUGACUCGGAACAGUUCCAGAUCAUGCUAGAGCUGCAACACAAGAGGAGGAAGGUCUGCAGGAAGAGGAGAAAGUCCAACAACAAGUUGCUGCGAUACAAGCACUUCAGCGCUGGUCUGCUCUCCUCUCACGACCACUACCCUGAGCACCUCAAGACAGUCGAGGAGGGACUGUACGUUCAACAAAGUGCCACCACUGGAGAUAAUGUGACUGAUGGUGGUAUGCAGAGACAAGAACUGUGGGCACACAUUGUCAAGAAGGAGAUCCCGAGAAUGGCCAAACAGUUUGGUCUGUCCAGACAUAUUGUCACCACCAGCAGCAAGAAGAUAGCACAGAUGUGUCAACGUGAGGUACGCAAGAGUUGUUCUCGCUCCCAGCGAGCUAGUAAGGAGGUGAGUAUUCAACCGAAGGCCAGACGUCUCAUGAGGGAGGCCCUCGUCUACUGGCGCAAGUACGAGAAGGUUGAGAGGGAGCAAAGAAAGAAAGCAGAGAAAGAGGCGACCGAACAGAACAAGCUCAAUCAAGAAAUGAUGGAGGCUAGGAAACAGCAGAGGAAGCUCAACUUUCUCAUCACACAAACCGAACUGUAUGCUCACUUCAUGGCUAAGAAACUAACAGGCGAGUUAGACAACUCUGAGGAUAUCUUGCGUCAGUUGGAGGAUGGUCCUGCUCAGAGAGAAGUGCGCCCGGGUGUGGUGGUGAGGUUAGAGGAACCAGGGGAGUAUAACAGUGAGGAGGUCAAAGCUCAAGUCAUGGCCAAUGUGCAGACAGCCAUGGCCAAACAACACAACUUGCACAAGGGCUACUCUGAACAGAUUGCCUCUAAGCAGGUUGCCCCUGACCUGGAGGAAGAGCCUGGUGGACUGCAGGAAACAUUUGACAAGAACUUCAGCCUUGCCACGCCCAUGCUGACCUCGGAGAGGGAAAUCCCCCAGCCCUCCAUGUUCAACGGGAAGCUCAAAGUGUACCAGCUCAAAGGCAUGAACUGGCUGGCCAACCUGUACGAUCAGGGCAUCAAUGGCAUACUGGCUGACGAGAUGGGCCUGGGCAAGACUGUACAGAGCAUUGCGUUCCUCUCUCAUCUUGCAGAGCAUCAGAACACGUGGGGUCCUUACCUCAUUGUCUCCCCAGCCUCCACUCUACACAACUGGCAGCAGGAAGCAUCGAGAUUCGUGCCAAGGCUGAAGGCCCUGCCGUAUUGGGGCAGCCCCCCGGAGAGGAAGGUGAUACGCAAAUACUGGAACCAGAAGCUGCUGUGCAAAGAGAAUGCUCCCUUCCACAUUCUCAUUACUAGCUACCAGCUGGUCGUACAGGAUAUGAAGUAUUUUCAGAGGAUUAAAUGGCAGUAUAUGAUACUGGACGAAGCUCAGGCCAUCAAGAGUAGCACAAGUGUUCGCUGGAAAAUUCUACUGAGCUUCAACUGUCGGAACAGACUGCUGCUCACUGGGACACCAAUACAGAACACCAUGCAGGAGCUGUGGGCGUUGCUCCACUUCAUCAUGCCCACUAUGUUCGACUCACACGAAGAGUUCAAUGAAUGGUUUAGUAAGGACAUCGAGAGUCACGCUGAGCGCAAGAGCGUGUUGGACGAGCAUCAGUUGUCACGGUUACAUCUCAUCCUCAAGCCCUUCAUGUUGCGGAGGAUAAAGAAAGAUGUGGAGCACGAAAUGGCAGAGAAGAUUGAGGUCCACUUGAGCUGUGAGUUGUCCACUCGCCAGCGUCGCCUCUACCAGGGCCUGCGUCAGAGGGUCUCCAUUGAGCAGCUGCUCCAGUCCUCUGGGACCUCCUCCAGUAGAGACUCUUCCUCAUCACAUCUCCUCAACCUCGUCAUGCAGUUCAGGAAGGUGUGUAAUCAUCCCGAUUUGUUUGAGCGUCGUAAUGUAGACUCUCCUGUCUGCCUGACCACACCCCCUUACAUCAUCCCCACGGCAGUACACCACCUCCUCCGAUCAGGUGCCCUCAGAACAAGGUUGCUCACGGUGACACUGGGUGUGCACACAGCUGACCACAUCUACCACUCCACACUGCCCCAUAGUGGACACUCUAGUGGAUGUUGGUCAUUUCUUCGUCUGAUGGACCUCACUCCUCAAGAUGCCUCCACCGCUAUGCUGGGGCCACUUCCAUCACGGCUGAAGCUAGUCCUGGCUAUGGUGCAGAGUGUACACCUCCUCUAUCAGCAGAAGCUCUGGGGUGCCGCUGUUUCCCAACUAAGGUCUUCAUCCAAUCAGCUGCUCCUUUGGCCGUCGUUUGCUACCUCCUUUCCCUCAGUUACAGACAGCCCCACUCUCUCCUCUCUCGUUUUCACUGCCCACACAAGUCAUGCCUACGCCCACACCACACACACACUGAGGCCUCUGAGGAGGGGGGAAUAUGCAACUGCUGACUUGACAGAAAUAAGCUCCACCGUCAGCAAUCAAGACGAUAAAAACAAUGCUAAAAUUGAAAACGUUAAAACUGCACCUAAAAAUGGACUCUCUGCCGAGACUGGCAAUCAAACUAGUGUUUCCGGUGGUAAACAGGCUGAUGUUGCUAUGGUUACAGGUACCCCCCACAGCUCCCAGGACCCCCUACAUAGGGUCGCUCAUCACUGUGUGCUCACGGACAUGCCAAAAUUCCUCAUCUCAUACAUACCCCAGGUUCACGCAUCCCUCCCACUCAUGUACUGCUCUGAUCGUGGUGCCGAGUACGAGAGACUUGAGUGGGUGGGCGGAGGGCCACGCCCACUUAAACAGCUCUUCCUGUCUGGGCUGGACGGAGGUGGGUGUGGUCUGGAGCUGCUACACCCGAGACUGGCCACUGGUCUGACUGCACUUACACUGCCCAAUGGAUGGUCUCACAUUCACAUACCCAAUAAAGAGACAAUGAUCUACGACAGUGGUAAGAUGGUGGUACUGGACAAACUGCUCUCCCAGCUCAAACACGAGGGACACCGAGUGUUGAUCUACUCCCAGAUGACACGUGUCAUUGACCUGCUCGAGGAGUUCAUGUCGUAUCGUAGACACAAGUACAUCCGAUUGGACGGCUCCUCUCGGAUAUCAGACAGACGAGACAUGGUGGCAGACUUCCAGUCUAAUGAGGAAAUCUUUGCCUUCAUAUUGAGCACGAGAGCUGGUGGACUAGGCAUCAACCUCACUGCAGCUGACACUGUGAUAUUCUUUGACAGCGACUGGAACCCGACGGUGGACCAGCAGGCCAUGGACAGAGCUCAUAGACUAGGGCAGACCAAACAAGUCACAGUGUAUAGACUCAUUGUCCGAGGGACCAUAGAGGAGCGGAUCCUCCAGCGGGCACACGAGAAGAGUGAGAUCCAGAAGAUGGUGAUCUCAGGAGGUGACUUCAAGCCAGACGCACUCAAGGCCAAGGACAUGGUCUCUCUCCUGCUACAUGAUGAUGAAAUGGAGACAAGAUUUUUGGCCAAGCAAGCUGAGAAAAAAAUCACACUCGAUCAGCUCCAGCAAGGCAAGAAGAACAAGAGCAAACGGAAAACAGCUCCCAAUGGGACUGAAUUUGAACCCCCUCGUAAACGCACACUCCCCAUAUCAGCCACACCCUCUCCCCUCCUGUUUACCUCUCGUCCAGACAGUGUUCUCUCAAUAGCCAGUGCUGUGGAUACAGUCAACGGUGAGGACAAUGUCGAUGUUGUAGAGGUCAGUAAUGAUAUGCCACGACCUGGCACUACUCCGGUACGAAGCAAGAAACGAACAGAGAACCGAAGAGGAGUCUCUAAAGCCAAGAAGUCGAGGGCACCUCUUGGAGGACGGGGCCGUAUACAGCGGACAGGAAAGAAGCCGAUAUCGCGAAGUGCAGCUGCCUCUGCCGGUGCUAUUGCUGGAGCCAUGGCUGCUAACAAUGCUGCUUACGCUGCGUAUGGUGGAGUUGGGUACGGGAUCAGUCCUGUUCCCAGUCACUCUAUAGGGGGAUCCCCUGGCUCUGCCCUGGUGAGCACCCUCGGGAGCAGUACUCAAUCGUCCCCUCGUACUAGUCCCGGACCCACUCCCUUUGUGGCCACCUCACUCAUCUCGACCCCUCCCUCUCAGAAACACUCUAAACUGACUACUUAGUUGAACUCAAUCACUCAUAUCUAUAAUUAUGCAUCACAAUGUACAGAGUACCUGUUUUAUUAUUGUCUCGAUCAAUUAUAUGAUGUGUUUGUGUACACGUUGGUAAAUGUUUAAUCAAUGUCCUGA